CAAAGACGUUCACACCAUUUACAAAAACAAAAACAAGAAGAAAGCAAGACGAUGAAAUGAAAUAAAUUGAAAUUGAUAGAAGAAAAUGAAUGAAUGAGAACACGUGGCAGGUUGUUGAGUCCCCUCCCUCUCCACACCACCGUGUACCAAUUUUUAAUUAAUUUUUUUACCAAUCGGAAUCGGACCCUUUUCUUUUUGCCAUUCAAUUCCUUCACCCAUUUCCUGAGGCUCCGCUUAAACGCCAUUUCUCUCUUCUCUCUCUCUCCUCUUUCUUGAAUUAUUACUACUGUCACGCACACAGUACACAGAUCCAUCGUCCAUGGCGCCAUUUCUCCAUUCUCCAAUUAUAAGGCCUCUAUUUCCUCUUCCUCCUCCAAAACCCACCACCCACUGACCGGAAAAUGCCAAUGCCGCUCGCGGCCUUCUUCUUCACUUCCUGCGUUGGAUUUGAAGUUGGUUUAGCGCUUCGAGAAAUUUGAAUAAAGAAAUGAUUAUGCGAUUCAUGGGGAGGAGAAAAGAAUCGUUCAUUUUCAGAGGGGUUCACGUGAAGGGUUUUUUUUUUUGGCGCGAUGUCCGUGAGUAGUUUUCUUUGCAGUCAGUACAGUCGGUGAUUUCCCGAGGGCGUCGCCAUUGGAGACCAUUUCGUGUUCUUCUCUGCAGUUCACUCCAUGUUUACACAAGGUGAGACUGAGACUGAGACUGAGACUGGGAUUGUUCUCCAUGACUGUGUUUUUCAUUGUUGUUUCGGUCAAACGUAUUUAAGACUCUGAAAAUGACUCCCACUGGCGCCGGUUUUGGAUGUUUUUUGAGAGUUAAGGCGCCAGCACCGAGUAGAUGAAGGAAGGAAGAGGAAGGGGAAUGGGAAUAUUUCUUUUCUCUCCGAUGAAACUUCGGUACUCUCCGUUGUUCUUCGCGUUGUUGGUUUGCGUACUGCCUCAUGUCCGAGCAGGGGAUGCUGAAGCUCUGCUAGCGCUGAAGGAAUCUCUCGACGCUGGAAACUCGCUGCCAUGGCGAGCAAGCGGAAGCUCUGUCUGCGAAUGGGAAGGCGUGAAAGAGUGCACGAAUGGGCGAGUUACUAAACUCGUUUUGGAGCAUCUGAAUCUCUCUGGUGUUCUUAGCCAAAAGAUUUUGAAUCGUUUGGAUCAGCUUCGUGUUCUUAGUUUCAAAGGGAAUUCACUUUCCGGCGAAAUCCCUGACCUCUCGGGUCUCGUUAAUCUCAAGUCCCUCUACUUAAGCAACAACAACUUUUCCGGCCAGUUUCCGAGCUCCAUCUCCGGACUCCACCGCCUGAAAGUCGUCGCUCUUUCCGGUAACCAAAUCUCCGGCCCCAUGUGAAACGGCUGAAGGAUGCGAGGUACCCACGAGCCGAGGAGUUCGGACGGCAGAUGGAGGUUCUUGGGCGGCUCAGACACCCCAAUUUGGUCCCUCUCAGAGCCUAUUUCCAGGCUAAGGAGGAACGCCUGCUCGUAUACGAUUAUUUCCCUAAUGGCAGCCUCUUCUCUCUCAUCCAUGGAUCGAGAACUUCAGGUGGCGGAAAGCCUCUUCAUUGGACAUCCUGCCUCAAAAUAGCUGAAGACUUGGCCAAUGGUCUUCUGCAUAUCCACCAGAACCCUGGCUUAACCCAUGGAAACCUGAAAUCCUCAAAUGUACUAUUAGGAUCUGAUUUCGAGUCAUGCCUUACUGAUUAUGGUCUUAAUUUAUUCCGAGAUCCCGAUUCACUGGAAGAACCCAGUGCAACUUCACUCUUUUACCGAGCUCCCGAAUGCCGCGACAUCCGUAAGCCAUCCACACAACAAGCUGACGUCUAUAGCUUUGGUGUUCUUCUGUUGGAGCUUCUAACAGGAAAAACGCCAUUUCAAGAUCUAGUCCAAGAACAUGGUUCCGAUAUUCCCAAGUGGGUUAAUUCAGUUAGGGAAGAAGAGACGGAAUCUGGGGACGACCCGGCUUCUGGAAACGAGGCAUCGGAAGAGAAACUCCAAGCUCUUUUGAACAUUGCAAUGGCCUGCGUUUCACUCACACCGCAUAACCGACCUACGAUGAGGGAAGUUCUAAAGAUGAUAAGAGAUACAAGAGCAGAGGCUCAAAUCUCAUCCAACAGUAGUGACCAUUCACCAGGGAGAUGGUCGGAUAUUGUCCAGAGUUUGCCCAGGGAAGAACAUUUAAGUAUUUGAAUGGCUUCCAUCUUACAAGUAUGCAUUUUGAUUAUUAUUGUUGUUGCUGCUGCUGUUAUUGAUUUUCAUUUUUAACGAAUCUUGAUUCUUGAUCUAGGAUAUUAGAGAGUGUAAAGUUGUUAGAUUUUAUCAGUAGAGGUUCUUCUUUCGGCUAGUUUCGAGUUUCUAUAAAGCGAGAAGCGGAGUUGGAGCUGAUGCACAUGGUUCGUCGUUGUCUUGAGCUCUCGAUGCACAUUUGACGCGAAACAGGUAAUUUAUCUCUAGAAGAGUUGGAAGUGUAGCGUUUUUAGGUGAUUCAAUGUCAUUAUUCCAACCCAAUUAUUUGCUUCAUAUUGUUCAAUGAAUAUACAUUUCACACACAGUGCAGUGCAGUUGAUGAUUUUUUCCAUCAAUAAUGGUUAUCAGUUAUUUGAUCUUCA